UGUGAGUGCGAGCAAUGAUACGUACUUGAAUGUUUACGAUGUAUAUAAUCUGUUAGAGUUAUGUUUCGUGCUUAGGUACUCGGGUUAAUUAUAUGCUGUGCAACAGGAUAUUCUCUGUGUUCACGCAGAGCAGUAGUGCUGAAUAAUAGCGACAUUAUGAGAGUUGAAUAUUUCAUGGCGUCUUUGUUAAUGUUAUACACCGUGUUAGUUUAAUUUUUUAAAAAUAUAAGUAUUAUUCCUUGGGACUUACGUGUUAUUUAUUGUAUUCGUGUUACCUUGUGACAAUGUGAAUAUUAUAUCGAAUUUAUUGUUUAGGCACAGUGAAAUUAGUUACAAUUAUUUAACGAAGUAUAAAUUUUUCAUAAAAUAAUUUUUAGAAAAGGCGCGUGAAGAAUAUCGGCCAUUACAGAAGCUGUAUUUUAAAACGUAGUGCUGACAGUGAUGAACUGAGUGGAAAAAAGUGAGGCUACUGGCAGUAUUUUACAAGUGUCACUCCGUCUCGGGCGAGAGUGAUGCGCGGGCGAUGCUGGGCGCAGGGCGCAAGAUACUGGCGCCAGGCGUCAGAGCGGGAGUUCGAAAUGCGGACCUGUGUUUGAGCAUCAGUUGCGAGCUGAGUCUCGGGUGUGUGGCUGCGUGGAGCUACUUCGUGUGACCGACCGGCAUCUGCUCUCGUGUGGAGCUACGUGCUAAGCCUCGGACACCCUUCGCUGCGUUACUGAACAGACAAAGGAUCGAUUCCUCGCAGGAUAGAUAGACGUUCAUUGGUAACAGCCACCAGUCGUACUCCACAAUGCAUCGCGUUUCUUCUGUAUAAUAUUCUUCCUUAUACUGCCUGAUUUAUGGGGAGAACAGACGCCUCACAAUAGAAUGGAAGGAGGAUUUUCAAUAAAACUUCUUUUUCAUCUCUAUUUGGUUCUGGAGCUGGCGGUUUUCUCUCCGGCAGGUGUGUGGGGUCUACUGGACGGUCAAGGGCCUCUUCUGGUGUUGGAACCGCCUCCAAGGUUGGAAUUCUCUAACAGCACUGGAGGAAGACUUGACUGCAGUGCUCGAGGAAGCCCUAAGCCCACCGUGCAUUGGUUGCUAAUAGACGGGAACCCUGCAAACAGCAUAUCCGGUCUGCGGUACCAGCUACCAAACGGUUCCCUCUCCUUCCCGGCCUUCAGCGCUGCGGAAUUUCGGCCAGAUGUGCACCGGGCGAUUUAUCGGUGUGUGGCCAGCAACACUUUGGGCCGUGCUCUUAGUCGAGAUGUCAGACUUCGAGCAGUGGUGAUGCAGGAUUUCUCCGUGGGCGCAACCGGAAGUUCUGUGACGAGAGGCAACAUGGCUGUCUUGCGCUGCGUAGUUCCCAGCUUCGUUCGCGAUUUUCUCAGCGUCACUUCAUGGCUGCAGGAUCAAAAGUUCAACAUAUACCCAUCCAGUGAAGGAGAUGGCAAAUUCCACAUGCUGCCAACUGGAGAGCUGAUAGUACUAAACGUUGGGAAUUCCGAUAGCUACUCGACCUACCAGUGUCGGGUUACACAUCGGCUGUCCGGAGAGACCAGGGUGAGCACCGGAGUGGCUAGGAUCACGGUGACUGAAGCGCGUACGGUUACGCUACCGCAGUUCACGGAUCGCUCUGUCAGCAUCGAAGCACGGCGCGACGAGCUUGUGGUACUCCCGUGCAUUGCCGAGGGACAUCCUCCUCCAGAAUACAGGUGGGAAGUGGGUGGCUCACCUCUACCGGAGCCUGGCGACGAUCAGCGGUACACGACCGGAGGCGGGGGCCUCUUCGUUCUGCCCCGGCCUCGACCCCACGAUUCCGGGCGCUACCUCUGUGUGGCAAGCAACUCAGCGGGCAGUUCGCGGAUGGAGAUAAACCUUCUGGUGACGUCGCCACUAUCGGCACGGGUUUCGCCUGCCCUCCACACCGCGGCGCUCGGACAGCCAGCACAUUUCUCUUGCACUGCUGCAGGACAUCCCAUUGUUACACUCCUCUGGUUCAAAGAUGGCCUACCGCUCUCAGGUCCUGCAGUGCAGACGGGAAUGGCGAGGGAGUUGCUGCGACUGCCUUCUGUCACGAGGGAUGAUCAGGGAAUAUAUCAGUGCUUCGUGAAGAAUGAACAAGAUGUCGCCCAAGGCACAGCAGAGCUUCGACUUGGAGACACCCCGCCACAGCUUGUGUAUCGUUUCAUUGAACAGACAAUCCAGCCAGGACCUGAAGUUUCCCUGAAAUGCGUAGCAUCGGGCAACCCAACACCAAACAUAAAAUGGACACUGGAUGGAUUCCCUCUCCCAAGGGGUGAUAACAGGUUUUAUGUUGGACAGUAUGAACUGAUGCAUGGUGGCGAUGUCAUAAGUCAUGUUAAUAUUACAAGUGUACGAGUGGAAGAUGGUGGUACAUACCAGUGUCUGGCAUCCAACAGAGUUGGCGAGGUUUCACAUCGAGCACGACUUAAUGUUUAUGGGACGCCUUACAUCCGCGUCAUGGGCGAAAUAUCUGCUGUGGCUGGAGAAACCUUACGAGUCACAUGCCCAGUUGCUGGAUAUCCCAUUGAUAACAUCAAAUGGUAUCGAGGUGAUAGGUUGCUGCCAAUCAAUAGGAGACAUCUUGUGUUUUCAAAUGGUACGUUGGUCAUUGAGAAGGUUCAGUCAGGUGUUGAUGGUGGCUCCUAUAGGUGUGAGGCAACAAACAAGCAUGGCAACACAGCCCGUGGAACAGCUCAGAUAACUGUUAUGGUGCCUCCAGCAAUUACUCCAUUCUCAUUCGGCGAGUUGUCAGCAGGCGAACGGGCCAGAGUGACAUGCAGUGUCAAGCGUGGAGACCCACCAAUUACCAUCGCGUGGCUCAAGGAUGCCCGCCCUCUCCAAAACCUAGGCCUGCAUGAUGACCUUGACCUCACGAUCCAAGAUAAUGAAGAAUUCUCUAGUGUCCUGGGGAUACGUAGCGUUAGCUCUAGACAUAGCGGCAACUACACCUGUGUGGCCCGCAAUCCGGCUCAGACAGUCAUGUAUACGGCUCAGCUGCUGGUCACUGUUCCUCCAACAUGGCUGAUUGAACCACAGAGCAGAGCUGCAAAACUUGGACACCAAGCUUUACUGGACUGCAAAGUCGAAGGAUUUCCUCAACCAACUGUUGCAUGGAAAAAAGCUUCUGGUGAAAAGCCAGGUCAGUACCAGGAUGUGCUAGGACAUCAACUCGCACGUUUAUUGCCCAAUGGUUCGUUGCUAAUUGAGGCAGUAGCGCAGGAAGAUGAGGGCCAUUACAUGUGUGAGGCCAGCAACGGGAUUGGUGUCGGACUAAGUGCUGUGGUGCAACUCACAGUCCAGGCUCCAGUGCAUUUCAAAGUGCGAUCACGGAAGGAGUUGGUGCGCCGUGGAAGUUCAGCACUACUGCGAUGUCAGGCUCUUGGAGAUCUGCCCAUAAGUCUGUCCUGGAGGAAAGAAGGCAGUUUUGUUGAGUUGCAAGGACGAAUCAGCAUUAAGAACACAUCAGUUCCAGAAGGUCUGGUGUCUGAGCUUACUAUAGGAGCAGUGCGUGCCGAAGAUGGGGGCAUAUAUACGUGCUUUGCGAGGAAUGAAUUUGGUCAUGAUCAGACAGCUAUGCAUCUCUUGGUUCAAGAUGCACCAGCUCCACCAACAGAUCUAGCUAUUCAAGACUGUGGAAGCCGCCGGGUGACUGUGGCCUGGGUUCCCCCAAUGUUGGAUGGAAAUAGUCCUAUCAUGCGUUAUCUCGUGCGCUACAACCCAAUACAAGACACAUGGCAGGGACCAAGCCAAGAGGUGACAGUUGACGGUGGUGAGAGCAAAGCUACAUUAGAUGAACUGCGUCCAGCCACCACUUAUGGUGUGCGUGUUGUGGCAGAAAACACACUGGGUCCUGGUGCAGCUAGCCAGGAGCUACGUGUGCAGACAGAUGAGGAAGCACCCACUGGGGCACCAAGACGUGUGACAGUGGAGGCUGUGAGUUCCACACAACUGGCUGUUUCUUGGGAACCCCCACCAGAGGAUCGGUGGAAUGGAAUACUGCGAGGUCACUAUGUGGGACAUCGAGAGCUGGGGGAAGUAGAAGGGAAGCAUGGUUAUAAUUUCUCUGAGGUGCCAUGGCUGCUUGAUGGCAAGGGACAGUUCCGUUUGGAUGGUCUCAAGAAGUUUUGCAAAUAUGGGCUUGUGGUUCAAGCUUUCAAUGGAAGAGGAUCAGGUCCAAUGUCUUCUGAAGUAGUAGCACAGACACUUGAAGAUGUUCCCGAAGCAUCACCACGGGAUGUUCGCUGCACAGCUUUGUCAUCUGACAAGCUCCAAGUCAGCUGGCAGCCUCCUCCCGAGUCUCUUGUUCAUGGCGUAAUCCAAGGUUACAGACUCCUGUAUGAGCCAGUUCCUAUGCCUGUGAUUACAUCAGAUCAACAUGAUAUGUUGGGUCCCCAAACAAAGAUGACAACAGCAUUGACAACUGUUCUUCAUGACCUCCUCAAAUUUACAAACUAUAGCGUAGAACUAUUGGCAUUUACAAGAGUUGGUGAUGGAGUGAAGUCACGUCGAAACUUCUGUCGAACAAAGGAAGAUGUGCCUGGUGCCCCUGGAGGGAUCAAAGUGCUUCUUGAGACCUCAGACACAGCACUUCUCACAUGGCUGCCCCCCUCAAAUCCCAAUGGUGUAAUAGUCCAGUACAAUGUGUAUGUACGGGUCUUGGAAGGCACACUUCAGAUGGAUUCUCGAACAGUCCCACACUAUUCAACAUCACAGCUCCAGUAUCAACUGCCAGGUCUGAAGCGGAGCCAGAUUUACGAAUUCUGGAUAACUGCAUCUACUAGAGUUGGAGAAGGAACUAGUACUCCAGUUGCAAGGCUGAGACCAUCAGAAAAAGUUUCAGCAGGCAUUGCAUCAUUUGGUGGGUUACGUCGUGUGUCUUGGAGAAGUGAUGUGCGACUGGAGUGUCGAGCAGUAGGCGUUCCAGAGCCACAGCGACAGUGGCUUGUCACUGACACUCCAUUCAACCGUCUCCAUCCUAGCCGUCAGGCCCGUUUAGCAAUAGCAACUGAUGGGGCACUUUUACUUAGUUCUGCUCAACGGAGUGACCAAGGGGACUAUACUUGUGUUGUAUCCAAUGAACAUGGGCGUGACCACAUUAUAUACCAUCUAUUAGUACAAGUUUCUCCAGCUGCUCCAUUGCUGCUUGUGACAGGAAGUUCACAACACUCACUGCAGCUACAGUGGAAGUUGGGUGACGAUGGUGGCAGUCCAGUCCGAGGUUUUGUGAUUCAUUAUAAGCUGGAGCACGGGGAGUGGGAAGAGACGCAUGUUGACGGCACUCGCAAUACGUUCACUCUCAGUAACCUCCGUUGUGGCACCGCUUACCACGUUUUUAUCACUUCCUACAAUGAUGUAGGAAGUGGAGCGCCUAGUCCAACCUUAGCUGUACGUACUCGUGGUGGAAUUCCUGCAAUUCCUCCACCAGGUGAUCUGCUUAUUGUAAAUUCAACUGCAGCGAUGCUCCGUCUAGAUGCUUGGCCUGAUUCUGGCUGUCCAAUGCUAUACUAUGUUGUGGAGUAUAUGGGUCACCGAGGAUUGGGCUCUUCAGGACAAGCAAAGGAUUGGGUUGUUGGUAAGUAGGAAGUAGUGAAAAUUGUAACAAGUAGUUCAUUAAAACACUUGAUUUAUCCAAAUGUGUGACUACCUAAUUUACCUAUAUUUGUGAAAUGGAU